AUGGGGACGUUCCAGCCCGAGCCAGCUCCUAUGAUGGACUCCUUCAGUCUCCAGCCAGCCAUGCUAGAUGCGUCGAUGGUUGGCGCCACAGAUAUGAGUGUCUACUCUGACACUUUGUCCCUCGACAUGGCCUCUAUGCAACCUACACCUUUUGAUCCAAUGGAUUCCGUACAGUCGAGCUUGAUGCAAGAUGGCUCGAGUAAACCUGACACCCCUGACAGCUCUAUGCCCGCCAAUGGCAUCGGUGCUGGACCUUUACCUACCACUGACUUUGCCUUCCAAAACCCUCACAACUCUAACACCGUGACCGAAUUUACGAGGAGAAAGAAUUGGACCCAGCGGUUACUAGAGGAGCUCAAAGACUUGUUGUAUAUUCUUACACCUGACGGCCGACUUCUUUACGUUUCACCCUCGGCCAAGCACCUAACCGGAUACGACCCAGAAGAACUGAUAGGCAAAUCAAUAUCAGAUUUCAUUCAUCCUGACGACUCUUCGCUUUUCAUUCGCGAGUUCAAUGAAAGUAUUGCUACUGGAAACCCUGUUCGGUUUUUCCACCGGUUCCGCGACGCUGAAAACAAAUACCGAAUAUUUGAGUGCCACGGCCAUCCGCAUCUCACCAACGAAAUCACUCAACUCGAACUUUCAGGAGCACCUCUGGCUCACACAGGGUUCUGCCGGGGCUUUUUCAUGAUGGCCCGGCCGUAUCCAACCCGAACCUCCGAACUCUUGGAUUCAUUCCUGGAGCACAAGAUUGAAAAUUUCAGGCUCCAAGCCAGGAUUGCAAUUUUAAAACGCGAGGAAGCCGAGGAUGCGGACGCGCAACAAGAGCAUUAUCACAAGCAGGCUGCUGGAGCCUCAGCGUCCCGAGCUUCAUCAAACUCUGCCGACCUUCCGCCUACAUCACCAUCCACGAGUGUCAGGCCAGAUUUCCCCGACUAUGGUGGCAUGCCACCGCCUGCCAAACCAACCGUAUCAAAUAUUGCCCUCACCCGCGAGGCUUUGGACGAGGCCAAUGCUUUCGCUCGUCCAGACUCCAUACGGGAUAAAAUGGCCCGAUACGAAGGUUCCUCACAUGUUGACUCCAUUGAGAUGUUGACUGGGCUCCGCUACCGCGAGGGCGAGAGAUCCCACGGUAUAUCAACUGGUGGCACUUCUCCAGCACUUAUUCGUGGCGACGCGGGUAUUCACAUUCCCAUUGAUAAAGCUGAUGCACGAUAUUCAUACAUCGACAAGAAGCACAAGAAAGUGAAAAGCACGGAGGAAUAUGUUUGCACAGAUUGUGGAACGCUCGACAGUCCCGAAUGGAGGAAAGGGCCUAAUGGUCCGAAGACGCUAUGCAAUGCUUGCGGGCUGAGGUGGGCAAAGAAGGAGAAGAAGAGGCAUGCUGCAACAGAUGCAGUAUCAUCGACUGCGGCGGGCAACGCUAGCCCUGCAGCAUCUAACGCUAGGACUGGCGAGAUAGAAGCUGCCGAUGCAGCCUCCUCUAUGGCGGUGGGAAAUGACAGUCCAAUGCUGGUCGGUCGGAGGAACGGCGAGACAGCGGACGCCGAAGCAGCAUCCACGGAAGUGGGAAAUCGCAGUCCUGCUGUGGCAUGGCCCAAAUCCACGGCUAAGGCUGAGGCAAAGGGAGAAGCCGAAGGCGUCAGAUCAACUCCAUUAGAAAAUGGCGGUUCUAUCGGAGCGGCGUCGGCAAGCGUCAACAAUGAAACGACGGCCACAAAAGUCGCCUUGUCUGAAGCAAUGGAGAAUGACCAUCCUCUUCAACUCGACGGUAUUUUGCCAGCUACUGAUAUCAAGCGAGAGUCGAGUUGA